AGCAGUAUUAAAGUUGCAAAGGUGGUGGAGAGGUAAACUUCUUCAUGAACAGAGAACAAAAGCAGCACUUGUCAUCCAAUCGCAUGUCCGAGGAUGGACAGCCCGGCAAAGUGCUUCAAGAAACAAGCACCAAAUUAUUGUGAUCCAAAGCCAUUGUCGUGGCUGGUUAACAAGGAAAAGGCUGCUCAUUGAAAAAGAGGCUGUUAUAAAGAUUCAAACUGCAAUUCGGAGCAUGAAAUACCGGAAAGCAUUCCUUCGCCAAAGGUACGCUACUCUGGAAAUACAACGGUUCGCAAGAGGAGCCAUUACUAGAAAGAGUCUCCUAGGGGCCUCUUGCUACAGUAAUAUCUCAAAAUUGGGUGACCAAACUCUUGCACUUAAAAUACUAUUGCAAGCAGUAUUAAAGUUGCAAAGGUGGUGGAGAGGUAAACUUCUUCAUGAACAGAGAACAAAAGCAGCACUUGUCAUCCAAUCGCAUGUCCGAGGAUGGACAGCCCGGCGAAGUGCUUCAAGAAACAAGCACCAAAUUAUUGUGAUCCAAAUCAUCUGGAAACUUGAUUUAGUUCAUGGAGAAAAGCUGAACAAUAAUGCUUAA